UGUGGUGCUCAUGUGAAUUUUCUUUAUUUUGUCUUCAGACCUGCUUAAGACAGUUUUUGUGUUUAAUAGUUCAAGCAGCCCAGCUCAGAGUCAUGGAGACCAAGCUGACCACCAGUGAGAGCCUGAUGAAGAGCAUGACGAGAGAGAAUGAAGUACAGGAGAGGAAGCUUCAAGUAUUGUCAUUUAGAGUCAACGCCACUGAGUUCAGAGUGGAGCAACAGCAAAUCCUGCUGGACGAACUGAGGAGACAGAAUGACGGACCAAAGAUUGCUUUUACGGCAGCACUAGGAGGAGAUGGCCAUAUACCGCCCUCUGAGAGAGAGACCAACUUGGCAUUCAGCAAUGUCUUCACAAACGUUGGCGGUGCCUACAACCCUGGAUCAGGUGUCUUCAAUGUGCCAGUGAAAGGAGUUUACUACUUCAGCUUCUCAUCAUUUGCCUACACCCAGCACAGUGUCUGUGUAAGUCUGUUUAAGAAUAAUGUGCGCAUGUUGUCUGCGUGUGAUCAUCAUUCAGAGCAUGAUAGAUCUGAUAGUUCUGGUAAUGGAGGGACACUACAUCUAGAACAGGGAGACCAUGUCUACAUGACUCUUCAUGCUCAUUCACACAUAUUUGCAGACUACCAAAACCGCAGCACAUUCAGGGGCUUCCUGCUUUUUAGAACAUAAGGACAAAUCCCAUGAAAACAAAAAUGGAAUGUGUUUAAAAUGGCACACUAUUCCAUAUAUAGUGCACUACUCUUGACCAGGACCCUCUGGGAAAAAGUAGUGCUCUAUAUUGGGAAUGGGGUACCAUUUGGGAUUUAGCCAUGCUGUAUGUCAGCACAUUUCCAUGGGUAAAAUACAAUGCUCAAAUUAGUAGAACUAAAAACAAAUGAUGACUAAUUUUGUCUGAAAAUAACUAUUCUGCAAUAAGAGUUUGUUUGUGAAAGUAGUGUGAUAUAAAAAAAAGAAUUUGACUCUGUCCAAACUUUUUCUGAGGAAUGCUCUGUAAUGUUUUAAAGGAACUGAUUAAAGGAAAAUCAACACAUUUGAGAGAUUGUAAAUGAUUCCAGAGUUAGCAUAUGAAUGUUGUGUGACCUAAAAUAUGGAAUUUAACUCAAAACGUGAUGGAAUAAA